AUGACUCACGGCGAGGUGUCUGCCGCAGACCGAUCGCGCCUCAUCGCUGCAGGUUUGGCAGAGGACUUCGUUGCUCCUGUCGCUGCUCUGGAACGCUUUGUCGAAGACUGGUCCUUCGAACUUGACGACCCUCUUACGCUUUCCCGCUUCCUCUUAGGCAAGCCGGAAAACCUGAUGGAAGCCAAGGAUCGUGUGACUCAGGCACGUGACUGGAGGGCAAGGACCGACCUCUGCAGGAUUAUGCACGAGUGGGGCGUGCAGAAAGACAUGGUCUGGAGCUGGGAGCCACAAACUGAAAGAGCGAAGGCGUUGGCUCCUCACUUCUUUGGCCGAUGCAUAGCUGCUCGAACAGCUUCUGGCGGUCCUGUGAUUGUGCUGCGGCUUGGAGAAUUUGACCUAGAAGGGGCGGUCAGAGAAGACAUGGUUGAUGACCUCAUGGACCCUUGGAUCUUUUUGAUUGAGCAAGCCUUUCAGGACUGCCGCUCAGUGUCAUUAUCGAAGCGAUCCCUGGUCAAGCUCUCUGCUAUCGUAGACGUGGAUGGCGUGAGUUUGUCGUGGCUCCAGCACAUGUCUGUUCUUGAGCAGUUUUCCCGUGCCAUCAACCGCAACUACCCGGAAAUGGCGGCGACGUUGACCAUUGUGCGGGCUCCCGUCGUCUUCUCAUGGCUUUGGCAAGUAUCAGCACCCCUUCUGCUUGAGGAUAUGACGAGGCGGAAGUUUGCGAUCCUGGGACACGAUUUCGAAGCCGGCCUCGUGGAGCACGCGCGUGUGGAUUUGCGGGAGCUCCCCGAGUGCUUGCGAGGUCGCAGCACUGACACCGCGAACUCACAAGAGGCCCCUACUCCUGUCCGCUUCCGCCCCGGGGCACGGCUGGCGCUGCCCACUCGCCCUUGUCCGCCACGGCCAGCUGCGUGCGUUGCUCGGGAGUUCAAGCAUGCUGUAAUGAUUGUAAUUUAA